AUGGCAGCACACGACGAUAGCUCCAGCGACAGUGCUACGCCUCCCGUUGUGGACAAAGACCCAGCGUCGCAUAUCGAACAGAUCCAUACCAAUGAAAGAGUGCCGGGACAUCCAGGAUAUUAUGAAAAGGGUGGCCUGCGCACGUAUGGCGACGAUGAAGACCACGAUCAUGAACCUCCUAUGACGUUCAAGAGGGCCUUGAGUCUCGUCGCCAUGGCUUUCCUCUGGACCGGCUCCCAGAUCCCUGUGUAUAUUCUCGGUGGCAUUCCACCCUAUAUCUACGCUGACAUCGGUGGCGUCGAUCGAUGGAUUUGGUUCGUGCUGGCUUACCUCCUCGCUCUGGCCGCCGUUUGUCCUUUCGUCGGGUCAAUCUCAGAUCUCAUCGGCAGACGCUAUGUCGCUCUUGGUGGUUCGACCCUGCUCAUUAUCGCCAUGAUCAUCUGCGGAAGGGCGCAAACCAUGAACGUCUUUAUCAUGGGCAUGGCUUUCUCCGGCGUCGGCGCUGGCAUCUGUGAACUCACUUCUCUGGCCGUCACGUCGGAACUGGCCCCGACCCGUAAGAGAGGCAAAUAUGUUUCCAUCCUGGUGUUUACCAUCAUCCCAUUCUGCCCGUCUGUGCUCUGGGCCCAACUCAUCGCCUCACACGCCGGCUGGCGGUAUUGCACGCUGCUCUGCGGCCUCUGGGCAUGCGUCGGCUUUUGCGGAACCCUCUUCUUUUACUUCCCGCCUCCGCGUCCGAACAGCCGCGGGCUGACCAGGAGGGAAAUCAUUGGCGAAAUCGACUUUGUCGGCGGUGGGCUUUCCAUUGUCGGCAUGAUCCUCUUCCUCGCAGGCCUCCAAUGGGGCGGGUACCAGUACAAAUGGGGGUCGGCGCACGUCCUGGCGCCUCUGAUCAUCGGCGCCGUGUUUCUCUUCAUCCUCUUCCCGAUCUGGGAGAUCAAGUUCGCCAAGUUCCCUAUGUUCCCGUCGCGUAUGAAGCAGGAGGCGCGGAUCCUGACCCUCACGCUGAUCAUCACGGCCAUCUCGGGAGCCAACUUCUUCAGUGUCAUCAUGUUUUGGCCAACGCAGGCGUUCAACGUAUACGGCCACGACCCGGUCGGUGUCGGCGUGCGCGGCAUUCCAAUCGGUUUCAGCAUCCUCACGGGCGCGUGUCUUGUCCUGUGGCUGCUGUCGGUGUUCCGGGGUCACAACCGCGAGCUCAUGAUCCUUUCGUCCGUGCUCAUGACGGCGGGCUGUGGCGCGCUGGCCUGCGGCACCCGCUUCAACCUGCACACACUCUGGGGCCUACUAGUCCUGGGCGGGCUGGGCAUCGGCGGCAUCGUCGUACCCGCCAGUAUCAUGACGACCAUCAUCUGCCCGGACGACAUCAUCGCCACUGUCGCGGCGCUGACGCUCUCGAUCCGCGUCAUCGGCGGGUGCAUCGGGUACACUGUCUACUACAACGUCUUUAUCAACAAGUUUGUCCCCAACGCGACCAAGUACAUUGGCGGCACCAUGGCCCUGGAGCUGGGCAUCACCAACACCACCUACAUCACCGAGGCUAUCGUGCUCACCGGCGCCAGCCUGCUCGAGGGGAUCAAGGAGAUUCCCGGUAUUGCGGGCAACGAGACCGCGUAUGAAAUGGUCGUCCUGGCCGGCCAGAUUGCCUACGCCGAGAGUUACAGGUACGUUUACCUGACCAGUAUCGCUUUCGGUGGCAUCGCCAUACUGUCGAGUAUCUUUUUGGGCAACAUCAACAAGUACAUGGACGACCAUGUUGCCGUCGUCAUGCACUGA